CUCCUGCACUUCGACGCCACUGCAUAUGGAGAAUAAUAUGGUGGUAAUGAUGGGUUAACUAUUACCUAAAUGUUGAGACGCGGCUCGAGAAAAACAAAGGGAAGAAAAUUCUGCAGAGUGCAGGGAGGAUGUAUCUAUAAAAGGCGGCCAUGCCAAGUCUUGAGGCUCACUAUUCUCCUUCGGACGACUUGAUAAAGUUGACUAGCCUGAGAAUUAUCGAAAAGUUGUACAAGGAACAUCAUGGCCACCAAAAGUAUCGAAGAGAUCCGCCCUCACUCACCGAGCUCUUCGGCUCUGGGUUUUGGCCAACAAAUCGGCAAUCCUUCCCCAUUGGCCAUGGGCACCUUCGCCACUACACUUCUCACUUUGUCUUUGUCCAUGAUGGGAUUCCGUGGAGUUGAGACCCAGACAAUCUUCAUUGGCAAUCUUUGCUUUGCCGCUGGCCUUUGCAUGUUUGUCUCUGCUCAGUGGGAGAUGGCCCGCGGUAACACCUUCGGUUACUCUGCAUUGAGCGCCUAUGCUGUUUUCUAUGGUGGCUACGGCGUCAUCCUGUGUCCAUCGCUCGGUGUCCUUGAGUCGUAUGGCGGACCGACACCCGAGUAUCAUAACGCUUUGGGGUUCUACGUUCUGAUUUGGGCAGUCUUGACACUGUUUUUCAUGCUUGGAUCAGCUCCAAUUAAUCUGGUCUCCUUUGGCAUCUUUACCACUAUCUUCUUCUGCUUCACCCUUGACGCGGCCUCCAACUUCGCCCAUGCUGAUGGAAAGGUCGAGGUUGCAAAGAAUCUCAUGAAAGCUGCUGGUGUAUUUGGAUUUGUCUCCGGUCUUUUGGGAUACUACAGCUGUGCUGCCGUUAUGUGCGCUGAUGCACUUCCAUUCGAGCUGCCUUGUGGGGAUACGUCACGAUUCUUCAAAAAGACUUGCAAGCAAUUGUGACUGCUUCUUGAUCGGUAUCAUUGAGAAUGAGGAGAGAUUGAAUUUAUGUGAUCAAUGUAUUUUAUGAGAAGAAUGAUAUCGCAUUGGACGAGGCCACCGAAAACUAUGGAACGACACUGAUCGAGUAUCAACGACUGAAUAUUCUUGACACUCUUCCCGUUCGUCCCCC